GGCGACAACUCAUUCGAAAUAGCCACCGAAUAUAUCCAGGAAAACUAGUUUCGAGGAUAAAUUCUAUGUGUACGAGGUCUUGGGAUAAAUAUUGCUAGAAUUGUUUGAAGUAUUAGCUACGGAGAGAGCAGAUUGAAGCACUGUUCCAACGACUAAUAUUCAACCUCAAUGGCAGAGUUAUUGUCACGCGAGAAGGAACUUUUCAAGAUGAAUCAGGAGCUCAACUUGUUGACCCUGACCCCUGGCGGGAUAUCAGAUGUCAUUUACCCGGCGAAGGGGCCGUCGGGACUCGCACUCAGGACGCGAACUGACACCUUCCACCGGCAAAAGGGGCCGAGUACGCUGCUCAAGAAGAAGGGCGCCCAAACGAAGAUGGUGUCCAAGGCAAUGGGAUCAGGCUCUGUCACGCCACCGGGCAGGAACUCGCCACCGGCGCCCGCGUCCACUCUGCUGAACAGUUCGAAGACGCCGGACUGGAAGAAGGGAGAGUCCAUGGGUCCUCCAUCGCCCACGACGGCCCGCUUCGAGAACAAGUUCAGCACAUUCACGCGGGUCCCGAGCAGCAAGACGGCGACGGUCGUGAAGUAUCGUAACCCCAACUUCAGCGAUAGCACCUCGCUGGACAUGAUACUGCUCGACAACGCGAGCAUUAAGUCGGAUCAAAUGGAGAUGGAGGUCACCCAGAGACGGGAGAGCACCACUGUGGUCAAUGGCCAGGCCAAGAAGCAGCUGACCCAGGAUAACUUCAUCAAAUUCCUGAAGGCAAAGGUAGCCAUACUCGAGGAGGAUCAUGCCCAGCAUGCCGGUGAGCUGGGACGCCAGAAGGAGAAGCUGGACCAGGCACUGGAGGGGCUACGCAAGUCCGAGAGUCAGCGGGAUCAGAGCCUGAACUCCAACAAGCAUUUGUCGGAGCAGCUGCAGCGGGCCGAGCAGCAGUACGAGGAGGCCAGCCGGCGCCUGAAGGAGCGCCAGCAGGAGUUCACCAGCCAGCAGCGAGAACUGGAGCAGCUCAAGCGCGACAACAAGGUGCUGAAGCAGGGCAAUACUAAUCUGGAGAAUCGUCUGACACGCACCCAGGAGGAGGCCGAGUCCGCCCGCCAGGCCCUCAGCAAAAUGCGAGAGGAGCAACGGGACGAAUUGGAUACGCACCGCAACGAGCUGAAGGCAAAGGAUAGCCGCAUCAGGGCUCUGAAGCGGCAACGAGGUGACCUCCUGAAUGCCUACAAGAAGCAGCUGUACAUGAUAGACAAUCUGAAGCGGCAGACCAGCUGCAUGGAGCAGUCGGUGGCCAUUGGCUGCGGGGAGAAGGAGUUCAACAAGGUGCUCGAGUGGAACGCCAAGACGUAGUUUGGAUUUUAGCUAGAAUUUCAGACAGCAAUGUAUAUAAAUGAAUGGCAAUUAAAUUUUAUGGUACAGGUC